GUAGUGCUUAUUCCAGUUGAUUCACGUGAUUCGUUAUUUUCAACUUGAGUUUUAACAUUUCUAAAUAUUCUAUUGUACUUUUGAUCCAGGUUGUAUGUCAGUGCUAACUGUACUCUCUAGUCAGAUCUUGUUAUUAACUUUUCUCGUAUUUCAAUCAUUCUGUUACUACAUUUACUACUUUGUUGUCAAGUAAGU